CUCCCCUCCCCUCACUGCUCACGGAGCGGAGAGAUGCGAGGAGGAAAGGAUGCUGCUGAGCUGCACUUUGCUCCAGUACUUGGCACGUCCUUUGCAGUCCAGGCUGUUUUCUGAGCAGAGAUGCUGCCUCCCAGCCGAUGCAGCCGUUCCCUCCUGCUCCCCUUGAAAGGAGAUGGAAUCGUAACCCGGGGAGCGAGGGAGUGAUGCAGCCGCUGCACAGAGACUGACUGUGAGGAGGAAAACUGGAGAGCCUGGAAUAUGUGCCUGCCUCAGCAGCACUGCAGUGGUAAAGCCCCUGACUGACUACGUGCAGGUUACUGUUCUUUAGGCAUUGCUACAGAGAACUCAGGAGUCGGAUGAAAUGCAUCGGCCUCCUUUUUCACUGCUUCUCUAUUGUCAUCGUGCAUUAAUUGCUGGGAGUUAUUUUCCUUCCUGUGGCUGCCUGCCUGCAUCUCUUCUCAUACUGCAGGAGAAACAGUGAGGGAGAGAGCACAGCACCAGCCCAGCGUCUUGUCCCACAAGAACGUUCUGCAGGAUGUGCCAGCGCAGUCAGGGGCUGCUGCAAUGGUGCGUAGAACCUCUGAAACAGCUGGAUUUGGGAUUAUUAAUGCUUUAUAAAGGUGUCCCACACUCCAUCUAGCAACUAGCUGGAGACAUUGGCUGCCCUUUGGGGCUUGCUGACUGCUUUUGAUUUUCCUCCCAUUGCUGGUUUCACGCUCAUCUGGGUCGGCAGCGUUUGCGCGACAGGAAGGGACUUCCCUGGCCAGGAAUCAGAGGAUUUUUCUGCGUGGAAAGUGCAGGUGUGAGCUCUGGAGGGGACUGCAGUCUGACCAGCCAUGGCUCAAGCAGCUAAGCAGCUGAAGAAAAUCAAAGAUAUUGAGGCUCAGGCUCUGCAGGAACAGAAGGAGAAGGAGGAAUCCAAUCGCAAGCGCAGGAACCGCUCUCGGGACCGGAAGAAAAAGAGAGGGCAUGCACCAACCACUGUGGACCCCUUGCCUUCUUGCUGCAAGCAAGGAUCUCCUGAAGGGAUGCUGGAGCAGGAGUCUGCUGUGCAGGCUGAUGCUGCAACCAGUUUCUUGAGAGCUGCAAGAUCCGGGAAUCUGGACAAAGCCUUGGAUCACCUCAGGAAUGGGGUAGAUAUUAACACCUGUAACCAGAACGGGCUGAAUGCCUUGCACUUGGCCUCCAAGGAGGGCCAUGUGAAAAUGGUGGUGGAGCUGCUGCACAAGGAGAUUGUUUUGGAGACAACGACCAAGAAGGGAAACACAGCCCUGCACAUCGCUGCCCUGGCUGGACAGCAGGACGUGGUCCGGGAGCUGGUGAACUAUGGGGCCAAUGUCAACGCCCAGUCACAGAAAGGCUUCACACCUCUCUACAUGGCAGCGCAGGAGAACCACCUGGAAGUUGUGAAGUUCUUGCUGGAAAACGGAGCCAACCAGAAUGUAGCCACAGAGGAUGGCUUCACGCCACUGGCUGUGGCUCUCCAGCAAGGGCAUGAGAACGUGGUAGCUCACCUUAUUAACUAUGGGACAAAGGGGAAGGUCCGCCUGCCCGCCCUGCACAUCGCAGCCCGCAACGAUGACACUCGCACAGCUGCUGUGCUGCUGCAGAACGACCCCAAUGCUGACGUCCUCUCCAAGACUGGAUUCACUCCCUUGCACAUUGCAGCCCACUAUGAGAAUCUCAGUGUGGCCCAGUUACUGCUGAACCGCGGAGCCAGCGUCAACUUCACGCCACAGAACGGGAUCACUCCCCUGCACAUUGCCUCCCGCCGGGGCAACAUCAUCAUGGUGCGGCUGCUGCUGGACCGCGGGGCCCAGAUCGAAACAAGGACCAAGGAUGAGCUGACCCCUCUCCACUGUGCCGCACGCAAUGGACACGUGCGAAUUGCAGAGAUCCUCCUGGACCACGGGGCUCCCAUUCAAGCCAAGACGAAGAACGGCCUGUCGCCCAUCCACAUGGCAGCGCAGGGCGACCACCUGGACUGCGUGCGGCUGCUGCUGCAGUACAGCGCCGACAUCGACGACAUCACCCUGGACCACCUGACGCCGCUGCACGUGGCCGCGCACUGCGGCCACCACCGCGUGGCCAAGCUGCUGGUGGAGAAGGGCGCCAAGCCCAACUCCAGAGCCCUGAACGGCUUCACGCCCCUCCACAUCGCCUGCAAGAAGAACCACAUCCGCGUGAUGGAGCUGCUGCUGAAGACAGGGGCCUCCAUUGACGCCGUCACAGAGUCUGGCCUGACCCCCCUGCAUGUGGCUGCCUUCAUGGGGCACCUGCCCAUCGUCAAGACCCUGCUGCAGCGUGGAGCCUCUCCUAACGUGUCCAACGUGAAAGUGGAGACACCCCUACACAUGGCAGCCAGAGCUGGGCACACGGAUGUGGCAAAGUACCUGCUGCAGAACAAAGCCAAGGCCAAUGCCAAGGCCAAGGAUGACCAGACUCCCCUGCACUGUGCUGCACGCAUCGGUCACACCGGCAUGGUCAAACUGCUGCUGGAGAACAACGCCAACCCCAACCUGGCCACCACGGCGGGGCACACGCCCCUGCACAUCACUGCCAGAGAGGGGCACAUGGACACGGCCCUGGCCCUGCUGGAGAAGGGGGCCUUGCAGACCUGCAUGACCAAGAAAGGAUUUACCCCUCUCCACGUUGCAGCCAAGUAUGGGAAGGUGGAUGUGGCAGAAUUGCUACUGGCACACGAUGCUCACCCCAAUGCGGCAGGGAAGAAUGGCCUGACCCCGCUGCAUGUGGCUGUGCACCACAACAACCUGGAGAUUGUCAAACUCCUGCUUCCCAAGGGGAGCUCCCCACACAACUCAGCCUGGAAUGGGUACACCCCCCUGCACAUCGCUGCCAAGCAGAACCAGCUGGAGGUGGCCAGCAGCCUGCUGCAGUACGGGGCCUCUGCAAACGCCGAGUCUGUGCAGGGAGUCACCCCCCUGCACCUGGCUGCCCAGGAGGGGCACGCAGACAUGGUGGCCCUGCUGUUCUCCAAGCAAGCCAACGGUGACCUUGGCAACAAGAGUGGCCUGACUCCUCUCCAUCUUGUGGCCCAAGAGGGGCAUGUGCUGGUUGCUGAUGUUCUGGUGAAACAUGGAGUGACAGUGGAUGCAACGACCAGGAUGGGCUAUACCCCCCUGCAUGUGGCCAGCCACUACGGAAACAUCAAGCUGGUGAAGUUUUUGCUGCAGCACCAAGCCGAUGUCAAUGCCAAGACUAAGCUGGGCUACACCCCCCUGCACCAAGCGGCGCAGCAGGGCCACACGGACGUGGUGACGCUGCUGCUGAAGCACGGGGCCUCUCCCAACGAGAUCAGCACGAACGGCACCACUCCCCUGGCCAUCGCAAAGCGCCUGGGCUACAUCUCCGUCACGGACGUGCUCAAGAUCGUCACGGAGGAAACCGACAUCCCGCCAGUUGGUGACAAGCACCGCAUGAGCUUCCCGGAGACUGUAGAUGAGAUUCUGGAUGUAUCAGAGGAUGAAGGCACUGCUCAUGUCACAGUAAUGGAGGAGGAACUGAUGGCACCAAAACCCAGGACAGCUGAUCUCAGGGAGCAGGAAGGCAAGAGGGAGAUACUGGAGUUCAUGACCACGACGACACUGGAGCAAACGGUGGAGUCUCCAGCUGUCCUGCAGGUCCCCUGUGUCCCACCUGAAACUGUGGUGACCAGAGCAGAGGAGACUGAGCAGGUAGGACCUGUGGAGACAGAAGCUGAGCAAGUCAGCCUGCUGCAUGCACCCUCGGUGUCCCCACAGGAGCCCUCCAAGGAGUUUGACGAGGACUCCCUGAUCCCCAGCAGCCCUGCCACUGAGACCUCGGAUAACAUCAGCCCGGUGGCCAGCCCGGUGCACACAGGGUUCCUGGUGAGCUUCAUGGUGGAUGCCCGUGGUGGCUCCAUGCGGGGCAGCCGGCACCACGGGCUGCGCGUGGUCAUCCCGCCCCGUGCCUGUGCCGCUCCCACCCGCAUUACCUGCCGCCUGGUGAAGCCCCAGAAGCUGCCUGGGCCCCCUCCACUGGCUGAGGAGGAGGGUCUGGCCAGCAGGAUCAUCGCCCUGGGGCCUGCUGGUGCCCAGUUCCUCAGCCCCGUCAUCGUGGAGAUCCCACACUUUGCCUCGUACGGGCGCGGGGACCGCGAGCUGGUGGUGCUGCGCAGCGAGAACGGCUCCGUGUGGAAGGAGCACCGCAACCGCUACGAGGAGAGCUACAUGGACCAGCUGCUCAACGGCAUGGACGAGGAGCUGGAGAGCCAGGAGGAGCUGGAUAAGAAGAGGGUCUGCCGCAUCAUCACCACCGACUUCCCUCUCUACUUUGUGGUCAUGUCCCGGAUUUGCCAGGACUGUGAUAUGAUCGGCCCUGAGGGAGGGUGUUUGAAAAGCACGCUGGUGCCCAUGGUACAGGCCACCUUCCCAGACACUGCUGUCACUAAGAGAGUGAGGCUGGCCCUACAGGCGCAGCCUGUGCCUGACGAGCUGGUGACCAAACUGCUGGGGAACCAAGCGACCUUCAGCCCCAUUGUCACAGUGGAGCCACGACGGAGGAAAUUCCACCGACCCAUCGGCCUCCGCAUCCCGCUGCCACCAUCCUGGAAGGACAAUCCGAGGGACAGCGGCGAGGGUGACACCACCAGCCUGCGUCUGCUCUGCAGUGUGAUAGGAGGGACAGCCCAAGCCCAGUGGGAAGACAUAACAGGCACCACGAAGCUGGUCUACGAAAAUGAGUGUGCUAACUUUACCACCAAUGUGUCUGCCAGGUUCUGGCUGGCUGACUGCCCGCGCACGGCCGAGGCCGUGCACUUCGCCACCAUGCUGUACAAGGAGCUGACAGCUGUGCCCUACAUGGCCAAAUUCGUGGUGUUUGCCAAGAUGAAUGAUGCGCGGGAAGGCCGGCUGCGCUGCUACUGCAUGACUGAUGACAAGGUUGACAAGACUUUAGAGCAGCAUGAGAACUUCACUGAGGUGGCCCGCAGCAGGGACAUUGAGGUGGUAGAGGGGAUGCCUUUGCACGUUGAACUCUCAGGGAACCUGGUGCCUGUCAAGAAGGCCACUCAGCCCCGCACCUUCCUCUUCCAGUCCUUCCGGGAGAAUCGUCUUGCCAUCCCCAUCAAGGUCCGGGACAGCAGCCGGGAAGCCAGCGGCUCCCUGUCCUUCUUGCGCAAGGCCAUGAAAUAUGAGGACCUCCAGCAUGUGCUCUGCCACCUGAACAUCAGCAUACCACCCUGCACCAAGGGAAGCGGCAGCGAGGAGCGGAGGAGGACGCUGACGCCGCUGUCUCUGCGGGAGCGAUACAGCAUCCUCAGUGAGACCAGUUUCGGCUCUCUGAGCAGCACGGACAAGGCAGACCAGAAGAUGGUUGACAUAGCAGAACAGCUGGGCCUCAGCUGGGCUGAGCUGGCACGCGAGCUGCAGUUUGGAGUAGACGACAUCAACAGGAUACGUGUGGAGAACCCCAACUCCCUUCUGGAGCAGAGCAUAGCCUUACUCAACCUCUGGGUCAGCCGCGAGGGCAAGAAUGUCAAGAUUGAGAAUCUGUACACGGCACUGAGGAACAUCGACCGCGGCGAGAUCGUCAACACGCUGGAGGGCUCUGGCCGGCAGAGCCGCAGCCUGAAGGGCAGCUGGCGCUACACGGACAGAGAAUACUCCCUCUCACCAUCCCAGAUGAAUGGUUACGCUUCGCUGCAGGACGAGCUGCUGUCCCCCGCCUCCCUGCAUUACACACUGCCAUCCCCGCUGCGUGCCGACCAGUACUGGAAUGAGGUGGCCAUCAUGGAUGCUAUCCCCAUGGCUGCCACUGAGCAGGACGCCCUGAUGGAGAUGUCCGACAUGCAGGUGUGGUCCUCGGGGCUCACCCCCUCUCUGGUGACGGCUGAGGACUCCUCUCUGGAGUGCAGCAAGGCCGAGGACUCGGACGCCACAAGCGAAGGCCGGUUCACAGGGCAGCUUCUAGCAGAUGUGCAUGGCCCAGACCAGAUGGGCUCUAUGGACCUGGUUGAGGAUGACACAGUGGACUCAGAUGCCAUGAAUGGCCUGAUUGACCUUCUAGAGCAGGAGGAAGGGCAGAGGCCAGAGGGGAAGAUGCCAGCCGGUGAUCAUCAGCCAGGGACUGGGGAGCAGGACCCGGAGAGUGAAGUCUCUUUUGUUUCAGUUCAGCAGAAGGUGCAAGCCAGGAUCACGACAUCACCUACUAUUAGCCAUGCUGUGGAGAAGAGUGCAGAGAGGCUGAGGGACUGGAAUGCAGAAGGCUCCUUUAUCUCCUGCCUACAGGACCUGACAGCGGGCUCCUGGCAGGAGGGGGUCACCCGAAGGCUGCUCCCAACGCACACCACGGCCUCCGAGGCACAGGGCCAGGAGCAAGAGCAGGUCCUGGUGCCAGCCGUGGAGCUGAUGCGGAUCAGCUCUGCAGAGGACAGCGACUGGCAGCCUCAGCACCCCACGGGCGGCUGGCAGGAGGAGGCCCACAGCCGCUUCUUUGGGCAGGGGAACGAAGUCCUUCAUCUCCCUGGAGAGCAGGUGACUGAGGAGCAGUUCACAGAUGAUCAAGGCAAUAUCAUCACCAAGAAGAUUAUCCGGAAGGUGGUGCGUCAGCUGGGCCCUGGUGACAUGGGUGACAGGCAGGAACAGGAGGAGCUGAUUCUGGAGGGCUCCCUGCAGGAGCCCCAAGACCUGGAGGCUGAGGAUGAUCACUUCAUGAAAUACUCCUUCUUGCACCGGGAUGGUCUGGGGGCCAAGGAGGAGGUGCGAGUGCGUGUCCCGAAAACAGAGGUCUCCGGGGGCAGGAUGGGGGCUCAGAUAGUGAAACGAGCCAGCCUGAAGAGGGGGAAGCAGUGACCCCUCAAAUGGCCUCUUUUGAGGAUCGCACCUCAACACCAAACCACUGAACUCCACACACGUUCUGACACAUACCUGAGAAGAGAGGAGAGGAGAGCAGAGAGUGGAGGGGAGCAGGGCUGGCUGUACAUGUUUCUAUAGGCUAAUGGCAUGAUUUCUGUAUGAGACAUACUUACCGUCCUAUCCGCAUGACUGACUGACUGCAAGACGCAUGAGCUACAGUUCUUCAAACUGACGGAGGGGCCUCCGUCCCUGCCCCGCUGCUGCCAGGAGCCCAGGGACAGCAGCACGCACCAGGGGCAUCCUCUCAGCGCCUCUGCGAGGCAAGAGCUGGACUAGAAGACAGCGAGAGGGAAGGAGAUUCCGCCCUCGUGUGAUUGCGUGUGUAGAUGCAUCCCCAUGCCCGCGCUCCGGCUGCAGGAGGGAAGCUGGGGCAGCAUGGCACUGCUCACCACGGGAGGAGAGGGGCUCGGCCCCCCCGGUGCCUCUGCUGCCUCUGCUGGACUUGCUUCUCAUCCCUCUCAGUGAGUGCUGGGCUCUGGGGAGGGCAGCAGUGGCUGGGGGGGUGAGGGGAGGCUGCAGGGAGCACAGCUACCCUGGGCAGAGGGACAAUGCAGGGCUGCCCUUCCUCUCCCCAGCACGUGCAACCUCUCCCGCCAGGGCAAGGCUCUGGGCUGAGCACUGAGCUCGUUACUUGUGUUGAAAGUGUAAACUGUACAGCAAUCAGCCUUGUGUAUAUGAACCGAUAAAUACUAUGCAAACCCCUAGGGACACUCUAGCAGUAUGUACAAAGCACUAACAGCUCUGCUCCCAAAUACCUCUUCAGGCUGCAGGACAGGCAAUACCUUUGGAGUGUGUGAGCAGCUCUGGUGAAUGGAACAGGGAGGCUAUAGGAGUGAGAGGGUCCGCCCUGCCCCGUGCCCCUCUACCUGAGCCUGACCCCUCCUGGCCUGAAGAGCGGGGCCUAGAGGUGCAGUCCCGUGGGUCUGUCCGUGGUGCAGCCCCAGUUUGUGCUGGUUCCAGCUGGGUUGAAGCUGUAGGCCUGUGCUGGGGUGCUUGGGGCCCAUGGAGGAUGAGUAGUGAGACAGAGCAGGGGGUGCUUGUGCCACGCACGGGGUCGUGCCUAGCUCUACUCAGCACAAUAUCUGCUCAGGAGAUGAGCCAGGAGCUGGCAGCAGCCAGCAGCCCUGCACUACGCACCCCAGGCAAGGGCUCUGCAGGGACCCUGGCCUCCUUGCAGGGGAGGAUAUAGCCCAGUGACCCCUGGAUGCUGACCCUCCCGGGACCAAUCCCAGACACGUGGGGGCUGCUGCCCCAGUAGCAGCGUUUUGGCCAGGUGGAAGGUGCUGGGGCAGCAGCCCGAGCCCAGAGGUCACCCUGUGGCUGGGGCAGCCCCGGGCCAGCUGCUCUAGCAGGAGAGCAGCGCUGGCCAGAGCUGCCCAGGCAGCUCGGAGGUGGGCAAUGGAUUGAACCUGUUGCAAUGCACACCCCAGGAGUGCAGGAUGGAGGCAGUGGCAGUAGGUUCCAGGUCCCCGACCGUGUCCUUUACCUGACUGACAUGGGGCCUGGCCUUUGUAGCACAGUGGUGUGGAGACCCCCUGCUCUUUCCCCUGGAGGUGGCCACGGACCUGCUUUGCAGAGUCUUUUACUCUCUGUGGCCACGUGCAGAACGAGCCCACCUCCACCUUCAGGCCAUGUGAUGGUGGCCUUGGCAGGGCAGCCCUGCCUCGCAGUGGGUGCACAUCUGCUGGGAGAGCCCUUGGCUGCCCUGCAGCCACGAAGAAGCCUCACUGCAGCAAAGCAACUGACCCAGCUUAGCCUUGGAGAGCAAAGCAGCCCCUUCCCCAUCCUGAAGUUGAGCCAUAUAGGCACAGUCUCUCCAUUCAUCACCCUUGCUGCGUACAGUAACCUCCCUAGACCCACUGCGACAGCUGACUCCGUAGCAUCACCAUAGAGUUGUGUGUGGGUCCAGUGCUUUGGCCUUGUGUAUGCCAUAGGGAAUGUGCUGUGCUGAACCGUGCCAGGCACCUGCAGUGACAUUGCUUCGCGCUCAGAUUGCUUGUAGGGCUGGUAGGGGGAGGCUGCACCCAACAUUGAGCCUAGAGAAUGCUGCAGUCUGCACACUAGAAGCUUUUUAGAGUUUUAAAAAUUACUUUUAUUUUCUUUUUUUAAUUGUUAUGAAAACAAGCCUUUUGGAUCUCCCUGUCUUAGCCCCUGAUGUAUAGAUCAUUUCCCUGUACACCAGCUAUCGGACAAUGAAUUAAUAAAGAAACCAACACAGA